GGCGCACACACCUCGAGUAUUCGAUACCGCGACACCCCCAUCCUUCCUAGCCAUUAUCCGUCGAUAGCGAUAGCAGGAAGACAGCCAUGGGAUUGUUCAUUUUAACAGAGACCAGCGCUGGGUACGCGCUCUUCAAAGCAAAGGACAAGAAGCUGUUGAAGAGCGAGACUUUGGCCCAGGAUAUCUCAUCCGUAGAUGGAGCCGUCAAUGCUUUGAAGCUGAAGAAGUUCCUGAAAUUCGAAAAUGCCGUCACCGCGCUCAACGAAGCGGCCGCGCUCUCCGACAGCAAAGUCACGCCCAUGCUGUCGAACCUCCUUUCCGAGCUGAAAGAUGAGACCAAGUCAUCCCUCGCUGUAAUGGACCCCAAGCUCGGAAACGCCAUCACCCAGAUCCCCGGGCUGUCCCUGAAGCCAAUCUCAGAUUCCUCGACGCAGGAUGUGUUCCGCGCGAUACGCGAGCAUAUUAGCUCGUUGAUCCCAGAUAUUGUUCCCGCUGAAGCCGAUUCUACGAGACUGGGUCUGUCGCAUUCGUUGUCGCGUCAUAAGCUCAAGUUUUCCCCUGACAAGGUGGAUACGAUGAUCAUCCAGUCGAUUGGAACGUUGGACGUUUUGGACAAGCAGCUCAACACGUAUGCGAUGAGAGUAAAGGAGUGGUAUGGAUGGCACUUUCCCGAGCUCGCCAAGAUCCUCAACGACAAUCUGGUCUACGCCAAGGUCGUUCUGAAGAUGGGCUUCCGCUCCAACGGCCGCACUGCCGACCUCUCCUCCAUCCUUCCCGAAGAGAUCGAGACUGCCGUCAAGGCGGCAGCGGAAAUCAGCAUGGGUACCGACAUCUCCGACGAAGAUCUCGAGACCAUUAGCGCUCUCGCCGAACAAGUCGUCGACCUGACCGAGCACCGCCAGAAUCUUUCCCACUACCUCACCACCCGCAUGAACGCCUUGGCGCCUAAUCUCACACAGCUUGUUGGUGAACUCGUUGGAGCCCGCCUGAUCGCCCAUGCCGGCUCGCUCAUGAACCUGGCCAAGUCCCCUGGUUCCACCAUCCAGAUCCUGGGCGCCGAGAAGGCGCUCUUCCGUGCCCUCAAGACCAAGCACGAUACUCCCAAGUACGGGCUUAUCUACCACGCUUCUCUCAUCGGGCAAGCCACCGGCAAGAACAAGGGCAAGAUCGCGCGUAUGCUUGCCUCGAAAUCUGCCCUCGGUCUGCGUGUAGACGCACUUAGCACAUGGGGCGUCACGUCCGAGGAGACCAACAACGAGCCCACCGAGGAGGAGAAGUCGGAGAUUGGUCGCAAUGCGCGGGCGGCGAUUGAGCGGAGACUGCGGGCAUUGGAGGGUAAGCCUCUGAAGGGCCUAGGCAAUGCUAACGAUAUCCCCCUGGCGCCGAAGAAGUUCGACAUCAAGGAGGCGAGGAAGUACAACCCCGACGCUGAUGGGUUGACGGGCGAUGAGCCUGCGGCGAAGAAGUCGAAAGUUGAGGUCAACGGUACGCCGAAGAAGAGCAAGAAGCAGCUCGUGCAGGAGGUAAAUGGCGAGCCCGAUGAGGAUGUCACGAUGGCGGAUGGGGAUGCGACGUCCGAGUCGGAGAGCGAGGAGGAAGUGUCGAAGAUGGAUGUUUCCGCCACGCCGGACAGCAAGGCGGCUAGGAAGGCAGAGAAGGAGGCCAAGAAGGCUCGGAAGGCGGAGCGGGCGGCCAAGCGCGAGGCCAAGGCUGCGAAGAAGGCGGCGAAGGAGGCGAAGAAGGCUGCAGCUUCCAAGGGUGAAGGGGAGAAGGAGAAGGAGAAGGAGAAGGAAGGCAAGAAGCGGAAGAGGGACGGAGAGGAGGAGAAGGGCGAGAAGAAGAAGAAGAAGAAGAGCAAGGAGUAGGGGACUUGUUCUCUUGCUUCUUGUCACGUUCCUGUUCUUACUCUUGUCAUUUUUCUCUCUGAUCUUGUUGGGCAUGUCACACUAGGCCGGGCGUUUUAAAAAGGGAUUUGCUUUUGCCAUAUUGAUUGUGGCGUAUAGGCGUGUGUGGUGGGGGGAAACGAGGAUGGGGACAACUGUUUGGCAUCAUAUUUUUUGUACGUUUGCGUCAUGUGUGGGACCUGAGCUACGAGUCUGUCAAGGGCCGGGUAGGGUAGGGGUCGAGAAGGAUACCCGUACGCAAUGGUGAAUAUAGUAUUGUUCAAAAUACGUUGUAUG